GUGUAAAGGAAAUGUUUAUAAAGUCUUGGUUGGGGCUUCAGGCUGCAGGAUAUUGAGCGGCACAAGUGUGUGUGGGAGGACAAGGGGGAGAAGGUGGAGGAGCAACGGAGAGCCUGUGACAAGGAGAAAAAGCAAAGCCAGUGGGAGAGUCAGACUCAGAUCCAGGAGGCCAAGAGUGUGGCAGUGGUGAACUGGUGGAGAUCGCACUGCAAGGAAGCAGUCAAGGCCCACACGAAGGAAAUUCGACCGAUCCAUGCACUAUCUGAGACGGACGCAGAGCUCCUGCGGGCAGAGGAGACCAUCAGUGAUAUGAUGGGACAGGUCUGCCACCUGCAAAACCCUCAAAGUUCUGGACAAGAGUGUGACGAGCAAAAACACACCAGUAGGAGUCUUUGCAUUGACGCAGGGAACAACAGAGAGCGAGAACAAGCAGAAACAACUGUGGAGAAGAAGGUUCGGGGGGACGCAGCAGCGGUUACAGAGCCCAAAGAGAUCGAAGCUCCACUUCAAAAACAAACACAGCCGCAGGCAGCGGCAGACGGGCUUCUGGAAACCCUCACUAGGAUGGAGGCGAUGGUCAGCGGCGCCCUGGAGACGGCCAAGCUGGUGAGGCAGAGCGAGGAGAGGGUCCACCAGGUGAGACAGAGGAUGGAGAGCAUCACUCAGACGUUGGAGGAGUCUCUGGGCCGAGCAGUCGACACUGAUGAGCAGCUGAGUGCUCUCGAUGCCCGGUUCAAAGAAAAAACUCUAACUAAGUCUCCAAGUCUCAAUCUGCCACCUGAUCCAGGGACAAACACAACUGGGUUUAUGGAUGAUGUUGAACACGGCCAGGACAUGGUCAGCGCCGAGCGUCCUCCUCCGUUUCCUGUAUUCCCAGAAGUCCCAGAGCCUCCAGAGCUACCCAUGAAUGUGUGUGCUCCUGCUCUCACAGGUGUCACAGGACGAGGCAGCUGCUGCACGCCAGAGCAGAAAUUUUCACUGAAGGAGUCUCCGUUUGAACUGAGAGCCGGUGACUGCGAGCAGUACUGUGAUCCCCCACGUGCCGCUGAGAGGCCCGUUUCCUUCCCACAGACCUGGUGUCGCCCCUCACUGCUCCCUGUCAUGCCCACACUGCCUGAGGAAGAUGAGGACUCUCCCGAGGACUUGGACAGUUCCUCCAGCUCGCCCAGGACAUCUACACCAGGUGAAAGCCGAGCUGUCGUCAUCACUGCCCCCACCAUAGUCUACCCACAACAGGCCAUUAUUGUCCAACAAGAUAGGCGUCCUCUGGAGCAGACCAGGCCACACAGUCCCAGAGCUCGUCUGGCCAGAAAGUCCUCCGGAGGAUCCAUCACCACUGUUGACAGCACAGGUAAUGUGAUCGACCUGCUGAAAGAUCAGCUGCCGGAGCCACAGCUCUCUGAGGAGGAUCGACAGAAGAACCUCGAGCUGCUGGAACAGGCCAAGAUGGUCAGUGACCGCUUCCUUACACGCCGGGGACGCCGAUCCACCAGCAGCCUCACCGACUCACCCACAGUACUUUCUCCAAACCCGACACCAUCAUCCUCACCAUGUUCAUCGAGAAGCAGCUCUCUUAUUGUCCCCCCCCAGACUGCUCCUGUGAACUCAGAAACAACAAACACCAGCACGCAGUCCAUUAGUCAGCAUCUGGGAGUGCCCUCAGUGAGAGAGCAGCCUGAUUCCACGAGUCAGGAUCAGGAGGACCAGCUGCUGGUGAACUGGAAGCCUGCUGAAAAAAGGAAAGUGUCCUCUGGGACUCUAACGCCUCGGUAUGCUGUACAGACCGAGAACUGUGAUCUCGCCGUGCCUAAGACCUCUCCGGCAGUUAAUAAAGGAGAUGAGGUUUUGGGCCGAAAUCCAAGUCCAGCGCCGGCCACGGGGGUGGCCAAGCCCGUCCCCAGGCCCCCUACUCAGCAGGCCCCUUGCACGGCAGAGAUUAAGACCAUUGGGGCCUUUCCGCCACUGAUGAGAGCUGUUUCCUGGGAUACUGUAGGCAGCCUCAAUUCAAGAAGCGGACCCCCGAGUUUCCCCCCUACACCCGAGGACAGUUUCUCAGAUAAGCCCAGAGAUGUUGCGUUCAAGUCUCCGGGGUACAAGGACCUCCCUAUACAGCCAGGGACUGUGCAGAAACUUACUAAGCUCAGAGAGGAGCACAAGCUGAUGCGUAACCAAAGCAUCGUGGGCAAGUUACCAGAACUGAGUGAAGCUGCUGAACAGGAAAAAGGACCUCAAACUUCUCCAAAGUCAGCCAACAGCGAGGAGGCGAAGGAAAAGUCUGACGCCAUGCCAAACAUUUCAGACCUGAUGCUGAGAAAACUCAAACUUCAUCGGGGUCUGCCGGGUUGUGCUCCUCCGCUCAGUGAAAAAGAAGUUGAGAAUGCAUUUGUCCAGCUGUCACUGGCAUUCCGAAAUGACAACUACACACUGGAGACACGGCUCAAACAGGCAGAGAGGGAAAGGAACCUGACGGAGGAAAACACAGAGAAAGAACUUGAUGAGUUCAAAGGAGCGCUGAAGAUGACAUCGCCGCAGUGGCAGAACAUGGAGCAGCGUGAAUCCUAUCAGCGCCUCAUAGAGACAGUGGCUGUGCUGCAUCGACUGGCCACACGGCUCUCCAGCAGAGCAGAGAUAGUUGGAGCAGUUCGACAGGAGAAACGCAUGAACAAGGCCACGGAGGUCAUGAUGCAGUAUGUGGAAAAUCUGAAGAGGACAUAUGAGAAGGACCAUGCAGAGCUGAUGGAGUUCAAGAAGCUGGCCAACCAGAACUCAAACCGCUGUUAUGGAGGAUCAGUAGACACUGGAGACGAUGGCGUUCCACGUUCGUCAAGAUCAAUGUCCCUCACCCUUGGAAAGGCCUUGCCCAGGCGCAGGGUGAGCGUAGCCGUGGUGCCGAAGUUUAACCUCCUCAACAUCCCGGGUCAGGCCCCACCCACUGCCGGACCGGGCCCCAUUGUGGGACCCACAACAGGUGCUGCUCUUCCUGUCCUGUGUGAAGCGAAUGAUGUAAAAGCCAGCACCCCUUCAGAAGCAACUCAGCCGGCAGCAGAAUGUGGAAAGAGUAUGCCGGAGCAGGAAAGCGAGCCGGCCAAACCUUCAAUAAACUUAGAGGAGAUUAGAGCUGAGAUCAGAGCCGAGAUCAAGGCAAAGAUGGAGGAGGAAGCGUACAAUAAAGGUUACCAAGAGGGAAUGAAGCAAAGCAAAGCAGUCCAGGAAGAAAAAUGUGAAGAAGAGAACAAUGCUGAGAAACUGCUGGAAUCAAAAAACAAGGAUGAAGAGAGUGGAAAAAGGCAUAAGAGCAACAGGAGGAUGGAGGAGGUCCUGGCCCUUCUCUGCCGUUUCUGCCCCAAGAUCUCCAUCAGUCGACGGCUUCUUUGGAUUGCCCUGACCCUCUUUGUGGUGAUGUGCGUGGUUAUAAGUAUUUUCACCUUCUUCAGUGAUUACUACAACCGGCGCGAGGACACGUAAGAGCGGAGGCACUUUGUGCAAGGCCCAGCAGAGAUCUGUGGACGGAGUGUUGUUGCACAACCAAAGAACCGCAGAGAAACAUGUCUGUAUCACUUUACCGCGUCGUCACACCCAGUCAAGGGUGGGAGGUGUUUUGGGAUGAAGUUGCCUUUUUCAUGGUCAACGAGUUUGUUUUGAACGGAAAGUUGGAAGUUUGUCUGCAACAGCAGAUAAGAAUAUUUUUGUUUAGGGACCAACUAUAUGGUGUGAUGAAACAUAUUUGUAAUUCAUUUAGAUGCUUAUUUUAUGAUAAAAUUCUGGUUCUGGUACUUUAGGUGAUGAACAUGGCACUUUCCUUUUAAACUGUAGAAGAAGUGUAUAUUUAUCAACACUCUAAAAAUGUAAGAAAAAUCUCUCAGGUGCAAAAGGAAAUAAGCACUUGAGAGAUUUUCAAGUCAUAUUUAAACUUUGUUUUGUGUUGUUUAAGUUCUAAAAAUAUAUAUUUAUAUAUUAAAACAUAAGCACAUUCCAGAGUAGUUCCUGAAGUGCAAUAUUUUGCAGUUUAUGGUUCUUUUUUUGUCUUAUUUUAAAAUCAGAGCACUAGCAGAGUGUUUUUCUGGUAUCAGCACACUUUCUAGAGGGCAUGAGGCUUAUGUUUAUUUUGUUUGAGUGUAUGUGUUUUUUUUCUCUUUGCAGAUUGUAUGCCUUGCCAUUUCACCUUUAAAUAAAAGGUGCUUGAGAACCUUCGGUGGUCUUCUCGGUAUUCACAAGUAUAAGUUGGGAAGAAAGCAGAUGCAUGUUACGAUCCUCCUCGGAUCAUCGAAGUUGAAUUGGUAC